AAGAAGCUACCCGAAUAUUUUGAUUAUGAGCAUUUCUUUCGUUACACUACUGGACGGUGGCUUUGGGAUGAGCAGAAACAGCUACGGGAGAGGUAUAGUGCCUUCAAUGUCCCCGAGCUACAAGCCGUCUGUGCCAAGGCUGUGGGGCAACUCGAACAAUGUGUCUCGUCUACUCAUGAUGACGGCAAGACAGCUCUGGCACCGAUCGCGAACCCGAACGCUGGGCCUGCAUUCUAUACAACUGCCUCCGAGGUUGCCACAAUAAAUCUGUGCUCUUAA